AUGCCGCUUGUUGGGUCCAUAUCAACCGACACCUUUGAUGCCGAUAUCAAAGAUCGGCAUCUGAUAUACUCGUAUUCUGUACCAGCCUCGCAGACAGAGUCGGGCAAGCCUGAGAAAUGGCGAUACGAGAUGUGGUUCUAUAAUUCUGACCGUAUCGUCUACGCCAUCCACGGCGGUCCAAUGGCCGGACGCAAGAACUACCAAGGGGCAACAUAUCAAUGUAUCCGGCCAGGAGAGCUCUGGCAGUGCAACUGGUUGGAGGAGACGGGGACCAUGUGUAGUCUGGUUUAUGACAUCCCAAACAAGACUAUUACAACUAUGCUCGGUUUCUCAAAAGGUCACUGGGAGAAUGCACACGAUGCGCACGGCAACAAGCGCAACAAGGACGACCUUGAGCGCUGGAGAGGUCUUGCAAAGAUUGGAUCGCAAAAUGAACGCACCAUGCUGUGCGAGCAGGCUGAGAUUGAAGAGGAUUUUAGAGGCAGGGGAGAAUUGGAGCAGAUUGAGAUGGACUGGCCAGUCCUGUAG